UGGCAAUGGUACCUGGACCAUGGUGUUCUAGGACCCCUGGCCUGGCACUGGUGACUGCUGACCUCUGGAAGAAGCAAUGGCUAGGAGGAUUCACCUCUUCCCCACAGGCACCCAGAAGAGCCCGGAAGCGAGCAGAGGGCACAGCCAGUUCCAACGUCUUCUCGAUGUUCGACCAGUCCCAGAUUCAGGAGUUUAAGGAGGCCUUCACUAUCAUGGACCAGAACCGGGAUGGCUUCAUCGACAAGGAGGACCUGAGGGACACCUUUGCCGCGCUGGGUCGUAUAAACGUCAAAAACGAGGAGCUGGAAGCCAUGGUGAAGGAAGCCCCAGGGCCCAUCAACUUCACCGUCUUCCUGACCAUGUUUGGGGAGAAACUCAAAGGCACGGACCCAGAAGAGACCAUACUGCAUGCCUUCAAGGUGUUUGACACUGAAGGAAAAGGCUUCGUCAAGGCCGACUUCAUUAAGGAAAAACUGAUGACUCAGGCUGACCGGUUCAGUGAGGAGGAGGUCAAGCAAAUGUUUGCAGCUUUCCCGCCAGAUGUCUGUGGCAACUUAGACUACAGGAAUCUGUGCUACGUCAUCACACACGGCGAGGAGAAGGACUAGAAGAUGCGCUCCCUCUAUACCUGGAGUUGGCCAAGACUGGCUGCGUUGGGGGACGGGUGCAAGGCUUCUGUUGCCAGCACGGGCAGGGGAAACAGUCUCCAUCACCCCCGGAGUCCAGAGCUGAAGUGGGAAUAAAUAACACAGAGAU